AUGAAGGCUCGAAUGAGAUCUUCAGCGCCAUUGAGAUCUCAAAGCGAAGGCCGUUCAGCAAACGUCAACCAAAUGUCAAUGACAGAGAAGAAUAAACCAGCCUACAGUGACAGACGUCAUGAAGAUCAGCCACCGGACCGAUUUCAAAGACAAAAUCGAUGCUGGUAUUGCAAGACGGAUGAACACUGUAUCGAUCAGUGUAAGCGCCUGACAUCUAUGGCUGCCCCAGAGAGACUUAAGUUCUUCAAAGAAAACAGAUGCUGCUUUAGAUGUUUGAAAAAAGCAGGGAAGAAUCACUACAUGGCAAACUGCAUAGGAAGGCAGAGGUGUCCAGAGCAAGGGUACACUUACUACAAUCAUCCUUUGCUCCAUAUGGAAGUGGGUCACCAAUCAGAGAAUGAGAGCAGUAAAAACAACAUUAACGUUGCAACUACUGUCGGAGCUUCACUUCUGCCAAUCCUAACCAUAGACAUUGCCAGUGAUUUACAGAUAAGAGCCAAUGUUCUGCUAGAUAGCGGCUCACAAGUUAGUCUGAUCAAGAACUCACUAGCAGAGAAACUCCACUUGACUGGUACCCGAACUAGAAUUACCAUUACAAAACUUGGUGAAGGUGAGGAAGAGUUGGAGACAUUCAAAUACAAGGUGCCGAUUCGGGAAGCGAAUACAUCCAAGAAACAUCAGUUCAUCGAAGUUGUAGGUAUACCUUCAAUCACGGAGGAAGAAGCUGUAAGUGUGAAAGACCUAGCAGAUCAGUUCGAUAUUCCCAACCUGAAUCGAGAUAGUGGACCUGUAGAAGUUAUGAUAGGCAUUGACUAUCCAAGAUACAUUGUAGGCGGAAAACUGAAGAAGAGAAAAAACUGUAUCGCAAGAAAAACUCCGUUAGGAUGGGUAAUCUUCGGCGGCACAGACAAGAGAACCAUUUGUGUGAAUGUGCUACAUGUCGCAGUCCAGAACCCCGAUCUGUCAGAAUUUUGGCGACUGGAAACACAAGGGGUAGGUUUUCAGUGCAAAGAGACUACCAAGCUAACCAAGCAAGAACAGAUGAAGGAAGAAAUCAUCAGAGCUUCUUCGCAGAAUAUAGGAAAGAAAUGGGAGAUAGCCUAUCCAUGGCAACGGGAUCCUCAUGAACUUCCAGAUAACAAAAGUCAAGCAGUGAAAAUACUGGAGUCUACUGAGAAGAGACUUGCUAGAAAUCCAGUGCAUGCAGAGGCCUAUAACAAGCAAAUUCAUGAACCGGAAGAAAUGGGAUUUGCCAAGGGCCAGUUCAUUACAUAUCACACCAUGCGAUUGUAA